AUGCUUGGGCCUCAUCCUGAGGGUCAGAAGGAAUCAGAGCCUGGUUUGGGUCAGUCACCCAGGCCUGGAUCCCAUCCUGGCCAGGCCAGUCAUGCCAGCUCUUCCCCGCCCGCAGAGGAUGUCCUGGAGUCCUAUGAGAACCCGCCCCCCAUCGUGCUGCCGAGCGAGGGCUUCCAGGUGGACCUGGAUGCGGACUGCCUGGACGACGGCAUCUACCAGCACCUCCUGUAUGUCCGCCACUUCCUCUGGAGCCUGCGGAGCAAGCCCAGCCCCUGCGGGCCGCCCCAGCCUGAGUGCCAAGAGGGCCGACCCUCCAUCCCUGAAGGACCCCUGGAGGCCCGGGAAGCUGCCCCGGCUAGGGCUCUUCCUCUUCUGGGGGCUCCCCGGGCACAGGGUCCCGCAGGACAGCCGCCUGGCCGCGGGUGCCGUGGGGGUUCCCAGGCUGGCCCCCUGCACUUGGACCCCUCAUACAUGCUCACGCCUCCCAGCACCCCCCUUGACCUCGAGCCAGGUGGCGCUGACUGGCCAGAACCGAGCGGCACCCUUGGGAACGCCCUGCUAGAAGGCAGGAGGAGCAGCCCCCGGGGCACCACUCCAGAAGGAGACUGUGCAGCCCCCAUGGAUGAGCCCCCUCUGGCCCCCUCCAGUGUCACCUCCAACACUGAGGACUUCUGCUCUGUCUUCACGGUGGAGCUGCAGCGAGGUCCCUCUGGGCUGGGGAUGGGCCUGAUCGAUGGGAUGCACACACCCCUGGGCAUCCCGGGGCUCUACAUCCAGACCCUGCUUCCGGGCAGCCCGGCUGCAGCCGAUGGCCGGCUCUCCCUGGGAGACCGCAUCCUGGAGGUGAACGGCAGCAGCCUGACAGGCGUCAGCUACCUGAGAGCCGUGGAUUUGAUCCGACACGGGGGAAAGAAGAUGCGCUUCCUGGUCGCCAAGUCUGAUGUGGAAACAGCCAAGAAAAUCCGCUUCCGCACGCCCCCUCCCUAGGGUGGACACCCAUGCCCAGGGCCUGCCACCUUCCACCAGGCUGUGCCAUGUGGGUCCAUCCCUCACCUGUGCAUAAUGUACAUCUUAGUGUAUAUUUUAUUUAUAGGACAGAUAACACUAAGUUGUGAUGUUUGUUACAGAGCUUUUAUGUUUGAAGACUUUACUGGAGAAGUCUAGAUUCAAUAAA